CUCAACAACACUUUUACACUGAAAGUAAAAAACGGAAACGCGAACGUCUUAAGUCACGUGACUUGACGCAGGUAAAAAGUUGUGAGGAGGAGGUGUCCGUCCAAACCGGAAGAGGGAAAAACCAAAAACAGAUGAGCGAUUCACUUUUCCUUUGUUGGUUGCGUUUCAGUCGUGAAGAAGCACAGGACGUUUUUACAAACUACUUUUUGACACUUCGGGGGAGAGUUUUGGCGGCUCUCGGGGGUGAACUCUGGGGCCGCAGCCCCCGCAGUGGAGCGGCUUCGGUGGGCUGACGCACACGAGAGGCGGGGGACUCGGAGAGCUGUCAACGGAGCUAAUGCUAACGAUGUUAGUUCGAUAGGUUAACACACACGCACAAAACACCACUGCAGGGAAAUCGAAUUUUGCUUUCCUUAAAAAAAAAAACCACUUAACUCGCGUUUGAAGAGGCAUCACGAGAUUCCACCGGGGAGGAUGAGAUUUGGAAGUCUGGCUAGCUUAGCAUAGCAUAGCAUUUCUUUAGUAACACGCACAAAAAAAAAAACUCGAUCGACGUCCACGUAAAAAUGCUGACGUAAACAUAACACAACACUUGGACGUCCGUUAGGUACACUGAUAAGUGCGUAGACGCGCUAUUUUAUUAUUACGGGAGGGCGAGUCGGCGUUUCUCGCGGCUCCUGUUUUCAAUUUAUUUGUUUUAUUUUUUUCAAGUUUUGCCUUUUUGCGUGUUACCAUGGACGCUGCGCAGCCCGCCAGCGGCGCCUCGGAGCUGUUACAUAACAGCCGCAAGUCCGCCGACAUGCUGCCGCGCUGACAGCCGCAAACACGGACACGCGUACACGCACACAAACAUACCCCUUAGCAUACAAACAGCGAGUGGAGAGGCGUGCAAGAAGAGGAACGACAUAAAUACAACAUGGAGGAGCUGUGAGACAGCUUGCACAAGUAAACAACAACGGCAAUUUGAGCAAGAUGGAUUCAAACCCGCUUAUCAACGCCAUGGAUCCGUCCAUCACGCUCUGGCAGUUUUUGCUCCAUCUACUGGACGACCAGCGACAGCGUCACUUGAUCUCAUGGACUGGAGAGGAUGGCGAAUUCAAGCUGCUUGAUGCUGAAGAAGUGGCGCGACUGUGGGGCCUGCGCAAGAACAAACACAACAUGAACUAUGACAAACUCAGCCGCGCACUCAGAUACUACUAUGACAAGAACAUAAUCAAGAAGGUGAGCGGACAGAAGUUUGUGUACAGGUUUGUGAGCCAGCCUGACCCAUCCCUGUCUGACGGGACACACACCCCUGAAGACAGCCAAAGGCGGGACAACCUGGACGCCAACAGCCAAUCAAAAAGUUGUCUAUCCAAGAACAUUGCACAGAAGUCGUCGCCCGGCAACUCGCACAAGAGUUCUAGAAAUGACUACAUGAAAUCGGGCCUCUACUCCACCUUCACCAUCCAAUCGCUGCAGGCCCCACCUAAUCCUCGGCCCGUCAAAACUGAACUGCUGCUGGAGCCCAUCCCCAAGCUGGACUGUGCGCCCAGAGAGGUUUCCUCUCCAUCAGUGGUUGGCGAUCUGUCGCACCACGUGAUCGUCACACAGCCGUCGCCGUGUCCCACUCCUGUUGUCAGCCCCCAUACGGCUGCCAACACCCCCAGCCAAUCACAGAAUCCUCCUGGGCCUCCUCUGAGUGACCAUCCCCACAUUUACCUCACCAGCGUCAGGGACCCUUCCUCCCUCACCCCCCUCCUUCCGCUGGCUCCCGUCGGGUGUUCGGUGAGUCCCGUCCAGCCACACCACUCAACCGUCGGCUCCAAGACGCCGCCACAGGAUGACGGCAGGGAAUUGGCCAAUGUCGCCGGGUUCCCUCCCCAACCAACUCCCUCUCAGUCCGUUUUGGUCAUCAUCAACCCUCCGCCCUCGCAGCAGCAGCGUGCUACCAUGGCGUCCACACCUUCCUCGGUUGUCCCACCCCUAGCACGCCCGCCCCCGCCACCCAUCGUCAUUAAGGAGGAGACACUGCCAUCCGAGGAGGAGCUUCUGGAGAUGGUGGCGCUGGAGGAGAAACGGGUGGACGAGGUUCCUCAGCUAAUUUGUGACACGGGUGACCCACAGACACCGCUCACCAUUGUUGAAGCUCCGUCCACUCCCAGAGUCCAGCCCAGGGAGGGUAGACCAGAGGGAGAAGGAAAGGACACACAAACAGGCUCAUCAGUUACCGCGGUGACAUCAUCGAUCUCUGCUCCAGACGUGAUUGCUCCCAAACCAAAGAAGCCUCGAGGCUUGGAGCUGCCCUCCCAACCCCCAGGCCUCUCCCUGGAUAAGGUCAACGCCGCCGUCAACAGUUUGCUGGCGCCCAGCUCGGCCACCAACACGCUGACGCCCACCGUCAUCACUUCGCAUGCUCUGACUCCCGUCCUGUUGACCCCAAGUCCACUUCCCUCCACCAUCCACUUCUGGAGCACGCUCAGUCCCAUCGCGCCUCGCUCGCCCGCCAAGCUUUCCUUCCAGUUCCCGACGAACGGCAGUAACCAGAUCCACAUCCCGGCACUGAGUGUUGAUGGUCUGUCCACCCCCGUAGUUCUGUCCCCCGGUCCCCAGAAGCCCUGAACGUUGUUAGCACAUCACAAGGCUGCCCUGUUAUUUUGCGCCACGUCCCAAGAUGGCAACGUCGCCGUCAUCCGUCGCGAUGUGUGCGCUCUCCAGUUGGAGUGACCAACAGGAGGACACUGGAUUGUUUCCUGUUUGUGAAGAAGAGGAGGAAAAUAUUUUUUUCCCUGGAGAGCUCAAGCUACUCCUCAUUAAUAUUCAUGAGGAGGAGGUUUUCUUUUCUACUUAUUUAUUCCGUGCGAGGUGACAUAUUUUACCAACCGUUGACGCUCAAUCACUCUGCUUGAUCUUUUUUUUGGGGGGGGGGGGGGGUCCCCCAGAGUGCUGCUACUGGGCACCAGGAUGUGAUGAUCAUGACAAUGAUGGCCAUAUUUUCUUAUUUAAAGAAAUGUUUUGUUUUGGAGACGCAAACAUUCCUCAAAAGGACGCCGGGGUCUUGUCAGGGCAUGCCUGGCUUCAUUCCAUCUGCAGGCUUGCUUGUUGAGCGUCCCCACUGGAGGACGCCUGCUGCUGCACCUUAACGCCACGGUGUCUUUGUUUACUGGACAACAAUAUUCUGACACGCACUGACCCGCCCCCCCAAAAGGGUUGAACGUGACUGUUGGUGCGUCUGUGUUGUCCUUGAACGCAUCACAGAGGACAGAAGAACACGAAGAGAUUGUUUAUUUUGAUGCUCGCAUGGUCACCAUGGCAACCCGACAUUGACCGUUGUUUCGAUAUACCCACAUGCUACACGCAGUUAGACCAUUUUGGACCCUGAGUGACAUGUUGACUGUUUUUCGGCCUUUUGGGCAGAGGGGUUAGUAAAUAAACCCAUGGGCAUUGAACCCUAAGGCCAAUCCACAUAGGACGAUUUGAUGAAAAAAAUUUUAAAGCUUCCAAAUAAGCGGUGGGCAAAGUAUGCCAGCGGGCCACAUACGGCUAAUCAGUUCUUCAAGCAGACCCACUGAGCAUUUACAUUAUCUAGAGUCCUGUUAUAUUUGUUGCAUUCAUUUAGCAGUUUUUUUUCCUCCUAAAAUUGGUUAAUUGAAAUGUAUUAAUUAUUUUUCAUUUCUUUAAAUAAUUUAAUACAAAAUAAUUGUAUUUUUAUCAAAAGUGGUUGAGAAUUUAAGUAACAAUAAAAUAAAAAUGUUGAAAUUAUUUUACUAAAAUACUGUUUACCUAAUUACAAAAAUAUUAGUAAACUAAACAUGUUUUACUAAACUACUGGUUAAUUAUAAUUGACUCACUUAUGAAUAAUAGUUAAAAAUAGCAUGAAUUAUUUACAAUUUUAAUUUUUUUUGUACCUAAUCUACCCCAUCUGUUCGUUUUCAAAAUCAAAGGCAAAAAUGUUUGCUCACCUUUGCUCGAAAGCUCGUGCAUCCUCGUCACAAAAAUUAAGCCGCCAAAGAUGUCCAAUUAGAGCCAAGUGCAGUUUGCUCCCAGGAAGAAAAAAAAAUCCCCAACUGUCAGCACGAUGAGACGAUGGUGUCAUUUCCCAGUCUCUUGAACGCAGCACUAUGGCAUCGCGUACGACUGUUCUAUUUUUCUAGUAGAGAGCCGCUGCUUUAUUUUGUCUAUUGAGGAGAACAAGAAUACUAAAAAAAAAAAAGAGAGAGAAAGAAAACGCCUUAAAGUUGUUGCCAGCGACGCAGCAGGAUGUGAUGUUGGGAGUAAUCUUUUUUUUCCCACAGUGGGCAUGGCCCACACCAAGCCAUUUAUCGCGGAACGUUUUGGACGAACUUUUCCUUUCACCAGCAGAACAGGAAGAAUGUUUUUAUACUGACGACAUCAGGAUUGGCUAUUUGGGUCUCAUUAGCGCUAAGAUGUGGGUGUUUCCUUGCGGGAGAGUGGGAGGCGGUGGCAGUGCUUCAGAAAUUGAUGUUUUCUCCAGUCUUCAAUUUUCUGUACAAAGAUGAACUUAAAUGAGGUGUAGGUGCUGGGUGGUGUGGGGGUUUGGUGUAUAACAUUGACACAACCUUUGUCAAAUCCUCUUUGGCACUGCCCUUCCUUGCCUGCCAUUGACUGAGGAGUUUAUUGAUGUAAAAGGGGCAGGAGUUUAUUUUUCUGAGACUUGUUAUUCAUAUUUACUGGAAAUAUAAAGAAGACAAAUUAUUUUUAUGGGUCGCGUUCUCCCCCUCGCGUGUUUGUUGAUGUUGUGCAGAUGUCUGUUUUUCUAUGACAUGUACACACACUCACACAUACACAUGCACUUAUGGGGUAAAGUGUUAUAAAAGUGUCCAAUUCAAACUGCUGAGUCAUCACUUUUGUAUCCUUUCAGAUUUGUAUUUUCUUGCAUAUUUAGCACUUUUUAAAUUUUGGGAUCAUAAAGACAAUUUUAAUAUUAAACAAAAACAUCCCAGUUAAAUAAAAAGUUUCUAAAUGUA